GCAAAGGCCAGCUAUUUUUCGCCUAAAUCGCCCCUAGACAGCUCCGUUGCACGCAUCUGCGACUUCAGCAGUCCCAGGGCUUCCAUCGCACUCACCGCAAAAGAUCUCACUUCGCGCGCACAGCUUCGUGGCGUGUAUAGCUGGUGAGCAUCCAAAUCAGUCAGAGGCAGCAGAAAGACCGCAACCAUGGGCAAGGGCGGCCAGCGCAAGCCCUUCAUCAUCUCUGAGGAGAACAAGGAUUUACUGAGCGGCAAGGCCUAUGGAGCUACGUUAUUAGCCCCGGAGGACGCGUGGAUCGCCCACUUGGACCACGAGAAGUUCCGCGAGGACGUCCACCAGAUCGGCAAGACCCUCAGCAACAACCAGGGCAAGGAGGAUUUAAGACACUUAUCAAAAAUCGUCUGGAUGUCUAGAUUAUGCCAGUGGAUCGGCUUCGCGACGAUGUGGUACUGCGUGAACCCCGUCUCCAUCUUCUUCCUCAGCAUGGGCACCUUGUCGAGGUGGACGAUCAUCGGCCACCAUGUGUGUCAUGGCGGUUUUGAUAAAUGUGACAAGUCGAAGCGCUACAACCGCUUCACGUUCGGCGUCGGUUCUUUGUUCAGACGCUGCUGCGACUGGCUGGACUGGAUGAUGGUCGAGGCCUGGAACGUCGAGCACAACCAGCUCCACCACUACCACCUCGGCGAGGUGAGCGAUCCGGACCUCGUCGAACACAACAUGGAGUACCUGCGGACCUUGGACGCGCCCAUGGCCGUCAAGUACGCCGCCUGCGUCUUCAUGGCCUUCACCUGGAAGUGGUGGUACUACGCGCCGAACACGUUCAAGCAGCUCAAGGCGAACGAGCGCCGCCGCAAGGGCAUCCCGCAACCGGGCUCCGUGACGGCGCCCCAGACUUUUGACUUCGGCUGGUUGAUCGGCAUGGGCGACCACACGCACUUCUCGGGCACCGAGUUUUUAGUUAGAUGCUUGGGCCCGUACUUCGUCCAAAGAUUUGUGCUAGCCCCUCUACCUUUCUUGAUGAUUGGAUGGCCGGCGUACUUCAGAAGCUUGAUCACGCUCGCGCUCGCGGAGCUCUGCACGAACCUCCACAGCUUCAUCGUCAUCGCGACGAACCACGCGGGUUUUGAUCUGUACCGCUUCGAGAAGCACUGCAAGCCGCGGUCGUCCACCUUCUACCUGCGCCAGGUCAUCUCGAGCGCGAACUUCGCCUGCGGCGACGACAUCACGGACUUCCUCCACGGCUUCCUCAACUAUCAAGUGGAACACCACCUCUGGCCCGAUCUCAGUAUGAGAUCCUACCAGAAGGCCCAGCCGCUCAUCCAGGCUUUAUGUGCUGAGCAUGGUGUCCCGUACGUCAAGGAGCCCGUCCUCAAGCGCACGAUGGAUCUGGUCGACAUCAUGGUCGGCAAGACGUCGAUGCGCAAGUACCCGACGGCCUACGAGUACGGCCCCGACAUGGUCGAGGGCGCGGCGGCGCACUAGGCCGCUCCUGGGGUUUCACACAUAACCUCCUUCUAUCGUC